AUGUUCAGCGAAAACAAGUGGAAAGUGAUUUUGCUCGUCGCGGCGUCCGCCGCCGCGGUCGAGCCGACCCGCGCACUCAGCCUAGUCUACCAGAAACCUUAUAGGAACAUCAUGUUCGUGCCCAGGUACAGGAGGCGUGGUAGACAAUCCCGGGUGCUAUUUUUAGACGACGCCGAAAACCAUCAAAACUACGGGAAAGGGGAGAUCGAUUUGACGCUAAAUUCGAAAGUUAAAUUCGAUGAUAGCACCGAUUAUGAGUUCACUUCCCCCGAAAUCGAGUCGACCACGAAGACGGAAGAUUUGCCUUCUGGUAAUGAGAGAUUUUACGAGCCCAUACCACGUUUUAGACAGUUUCAGCCACCUCAGUACUAUCAAGGGAGGUAUGGGCGGCCUUAUGCUCCAAAUUUUGGAUUCGACCCAUAUCAGACUGUCGCACCGUUCGCUCCAGCGCUUCGGAACAGCUUUUAUGGCGGUUACAACGGGUGGAAGGCGAGAAGUCCUCGAGUGGUAUUUCCUUACGCGUCGGAUAGUGUUAAUUCCCUUGUGCACACGAACUCUCACGGAGGACCCGGGUUUGAUAAUGUGGUAUUCCGUGAACAAAACUUCGCCAAUGAAGUCGGAACCGAUGAGCAGAGUCUACAGGAUAUAAAUGGAGGAAGCGAUGCCUUCACGGAGAGAGGUGAGUGGUUAGAAAGGAGGUUAUAG